AUGGCCCGGCUUGAGAGUGACAUGGAGGGUCAAACCAACACAUCUUUCCGGCAGUGGCUGGGUACCAUGGAGCCGUUGGCUACCUUGGUGCCAAGAAUGGGUCAGCAGCAAGUGAACCAGAUGGAGGCGGGACAUGUCUUUGUCGAAGGCAUUAGGGAUGCAAUGGUUGUAAACCGUCGAAUGGCGAGGUCGAUGACAGUAGAAGUAUAUUCACGACAUAAUGAAACGUUUCGAGUUACAGAGACCAUCGGUUGUCGACCCAGUAUACCACCUAGGUCCUACGGAGUUGAUCUCCGAAAUAGACGGUGCGAUUGCAGGAGGUUUCAAACACUUCAUUUUCCAUGUGCACACGUCGUGGCAGCUUGUGCUAAAGUUGGGCUCAAUGUAGAACAAUUUAUCGAUGAAGUGUACACCAUCGAACGCACGUUGCGUGUAUGGGAAAACGAGUUCCCCGUGCUUCCUGACCUAUCUACUUGGGAGGUACCUCCGACGACCUUCGAGCUAGUCCCAGACAUAAGGUUACGUAGAAACCUAAAAGGUCAUCCGCAAUCAUCCAGAAUCCAUAACGAAAUGGACAUUAGGGAGAAAUCUGACAGGAAUUUGUGUGGCGUAUGCAGAUUACCUGGUCAUAAUCGGAGUAAAUGCCCUCUCCGAAACUACCAUGUUGGAUAA